AUGUCGAAAAAAUUUCAAUACGAAUGCGAAUCUGUUGACUUAACCGAAGACGAAGACGAUGGAGAGGAAGACAGUCGCGAUUACGUAGCGGAAUCACAGAAAUUUUCACGAAGUUUAAGCAUUCGAUGUAAUAUUCCAAAUUUAAAUCAAUCACCUUUGCCUCCUUUGAUACCCAUACCUCGAAUUAGUGCGCCUAAAACUAGUAACGGUGCUAGUAGUGUUCCGACUCUCACGAAAAUCCAGUCGCAGGGCGAAGCACCAAAGGUAGCAGAUAGUCUUGCAAACACUAGGGAUUUUGGAAGAAAUGUGACGCUUGUUGAAAGUCCUCACAGUAACGUCACUAGCAUCUCAACAACACAAAUACCGUCUACACCUGGGGGAAAAGUAAUUCUAAUAAAAAAGAACAACAAACUCUACAAAAUAGUGAUACCUCACAAUGUGAUGCCUAGCAGCGAUAGCGGCGGCCCAGUCGUCAUUAACAUACCAGAAGUAGGACCUCUGGUUAUCAAAAUAGAUCCCCAAGCCAAAAUCCAAUCUGCCGCUAAACCAGCCCCCAUCAUCGAGCCGUUCUCGUUGAAUUUCGACGAUAUUAUCGAAAAAGCUUCAAUGGGAGAGGCUGUGGAGGAACCUUUCGUGGCUAAGAGCGCUUGUACGUCAACAGAAAAGGUAUUUUCCGUCUCACAGAAGCUGUUUCCGUGUUGGACGGCGCCGGCUGCACGAACUACCAGAACCAAAAUCACUUUCAACGGUUUCUCGAAAAGAGAACUGGCUAAUUCCAAAAGGUGUCACAACCAACUUAACCACGUCAUCGUCAAAUAUAGGAGAAAAUUUGAAGCAUACAAACACGCCAGACAGUACAAAGCAUCUCAAAAUAAAACGGAUACCAACAGUUUGAAACCGAACACUGGAAAUUACAAGGAUUUCGAUAGUUUGUUGAUGACUAAGAAAGUCGUGAUGUUGAACGGCGACGAGGAAAUGAACGAGAUAAAUUCCUUUAAGAAAUCCACCAGGGGCAAACCGGUUUGGAGGAGAAGAAAACGACCGUCGUACGAAAAGUUAAAUUUGCAGCCAGUCGUUUGCAUUCCUAGAUGGGAAAGUCUGGAAAGUCAGUACAAACAUUUGAUAAAACCGUGUUUCGUGGGCAUGAAAAGAAUGAACGAGUUAGAGGAAAUGCUCAAGAACGAUAGAAAUAUCGCAUUGAAACCCUUCAAAAAUUACCAGUCGUUGCUGAGGCUGUCGCUAAUGGGAGCAAAGGCACCAAAUAGUAUUUCUAAUCAAUCGACAGCUACGUUGGAGGAAAGAAGAGAACUGUACCAGUCUAGAUUGAUCAAAGACGUGAGAACGUUCAACACAUUGAUGGCGUUUAUUAAGCCUGUUUUAGUUAUGAACGAAUAUAAUUACUCUAUAGUGAAUAUUAAGACUGAAUUCUGUAAAGCCAACUUAGUGUACCCGGUGGGCCAAGAUAGACAUUUUCCGGAUAAUAUUCUAGCGUGUACGGACUUUAGGAACGCCGUCGCCAACGAUUACAUUAAACUGGUCGAUUCUGAACUUUUGUGCCGGUAUUUCAAGGGGGAAAUUGGGCCAGGUGCGACCAUGGCGUGA